AUGAAGACGCGUCUGCAGCUGCAGGGCGAGCUGGUCAAGGCGGACGCCAACGUCAAGCGGGUGUACAACAAUGUGUUUGACGUGUUCCGCAAGACAUGGAAAAACGAGGGUAUCCGCGGUCUCCAGCGUGGUCUCUUCCCGGCAUACAUUUACCAGACUCUGCUGAACGGAAGCCGUCUUGGCUUCUACGAGCCCGUUCGCCACAGCGUCAACAAGCUGGCUGGAUACAAGCCCGAGGAGAGUGUGUUCUGGACUGCGAUCUUCGCCGGUUCGGCGACUGGAUGCAUUGGCGCGACCCUCGGCUCGCCCAUGUUCCUCAUCAAGGCCCGUAUGCAGGCGUACUCGCCUGUUCUCCCUGUCGGCGCACAGCAUUACUACAAGAACAGCUGGGACGCUCUGAGCACCAUUGUGCGCUCGGACGGUGUGACCGGUCUGUGGCGUGGUGUUAGCGCAGCUAUCCUGCGUACUGUCUGUGGUUCGGCUGUCCAGCUGCCUUCGUACAACUACUGCAAGGACCUCUUGAUCCAGUACCAGAUCUUCGACCCCUCAUCGUUCUGGAUGUACCUCACGUCAGCCUCUGUUUCGGGUGUGUUCGUCUGCGCUGCCAUGCAGCCUGCCGACACGGUCCUUACCCGCAUGUACAACCAGCACACCAUCACGGACCCCGUCACCGGCAAGGUCCGUGGAGCGCUGUACACCAACCCCUUUGACUGUCUUUGGAAGACAGCAAAGGCCGAGGGCAUCAAGGGUUGGUACAAGGGUACCACCGCCCAUUUCCUGCGAAUCGCCCCUCACACAGUCAUUACGCUUGUGGCCAACGAGCUUAUCGGCAAGGAGUACAAGAAAUACACUGGUCGCGGAUAG